AUGAUACCUCCUAGUAUCAAUGGCACCAACAAUAUUAAUAGUGCCAUCAUCAGCAGCAACAUUGGCACCAACAACAGCAACAAUGGCACCAACAACAGCAACAGUGACACAACAACGGUGGCACCAACAUGGGGCACCAGCAGCAACAGUGGGGCACCAACAGCAACAGUGGGGCACCAGUGGGGCACCAGCAGCAGCUGGUGGGGCACCAGCAGCAACAGUGGGGCAGCCAGUGGGGCACCAGCAAGUGGGGCACCGUGGGGCACCAGCAGCAGCAGUGGGGCACAGCAACAGCAGCAGUGGGGCACCAACGUGGGCACCAACAGCAGCAGUGGGGCACCAACAGCAGGGGGGCACCAGCAGCAGCAGUGGGGCACCAACAGCAGCAGUGGGGCACCAACAGCAACAGUGGGGCACCAACAGCAACAGUGGGGCACCAACAGCAACAGUGGGGCACCAACAGCAACAGUGGGGCACCAACAGCAACAGUGGGGCACCAACAGCAACAGUGGGGGCGGCAGACGUAAGCUAGACUCACUCGGGAGUUUUUUGUGA